AUGAUGAACGCCAAUGCCCCUGGCCAUGCAUUUUGGGGCUCACCAAGCUCCAAAUCCAACUUCUGCGAGGAGGAUUACAUUGUGUCCAUAUAUGUCGCUGAAUUCAUCAACAGCUUGACCAACUUAUGCUACAUCUUCUAUGCAAUUUAUGGUCUCCGCCAAUUACAGCAAAAGCGCCAGCUUGGUUUCUCUCGCGCCCUUCCUUACUGGGGCCUGAUGGCCGUCGGAGUUUGCUCCGCGACCUUUCACAUCAGUCUCCAAUACCACACCCAGAUGUUGGAUGACUUGUCCAUGCUUUUCACAACCACGCCACUGGUUCAUCGCGUGUUGACAGUGAACGCCGAUCGCAAAGGCUCGUUUGUUACAGGCCUACUUGUUUACUUGGCUCUCGCGCUACUUGUGAUCUACCACGUUACAACUGAUGAGCUGAUUUUACACGCGUCUUUCUUUGUUAGCAGCAUCGCUGUCAUUGGUAUCCGAACAGUCCAGCUGCUCAAACAACGCACCGCCAAGAACUCAAUCGCUCGCCGACAGAUUUGGGGUAUGGUCGUAUUCGGGGCUGUCAUCUUUCAUCUUGGAUAUCUCGUCUGGCUGGUGGACGGGUGGGUAUGCGGAUUACUCAGGAGUACACGAGCGGCGAUUGGGCUUCCCUGGGCAUGGCUACUGGAGCUUCAUGGAUGGUGGCAUAUUUUCACCGGUAUCGGCGCUUAUACUUUCAUCGCGGUCAUUGAUCAACUGCUGUCAGGUGAGGAUCACCAAGAUAUCGAUUUUGCCUGGCCUGUAUCAUGGGCUUCCCAAUCAAUAUUUGCCAGAGUUGCUUCCACCAUGGUUGCCGCAGAUGACAAAAAGCAUCAGUGA